AUGAUCUCCAGACCGACGUUGGCCAUUCUGCCCCAGAACUUGCUGCCUGUUAUGACCCAGCAGCCUCCAAGGCCUUACUACAGGCAACACAGCAGCUACGAGCAUUUGCAGCCAACUCCACCUCCAUCUGCUGCUCCCACUGCUGCUCCAGUAUCUUCCUACUACUCGUACGGACACCCAUCUCAUCACCAGCCACACGUCCAGUACCACCAGCUGCACUACUACGUGCCAGUGUACUAUCCACUGCCCCCAAUGGUGAGCUCUCCACAGACCAAACCACAGUCUGAAUACAGAGUGCCAGAGAUCAUCAACAAGCCUAUGAACAAGUGCCACAGAUGUGGAACCACCGAGACGCCUGAAUGGAGAAGAGGACCUAAUGGCUUGCGUACAUUGUGCAAUGCCUGUGGACUCUUCCAUGCUAAGCUUGUCAGAAGAAAGGGCGCUGCCUGGGCUGCUGAAGAAGUGCUUAACAAUAAGGUGUGCAAGGGAAAGAACGGUAGACGUAUUCUGGUGAAGAAGCAGGCGCUAGACGAGUCCAAGAAGCGCCUGAAGCAGGCCCAGGUGAUUGAGAUUCCUCCUCUUCCGUACCAGCAGCAGCAGCAGCAACAACAACAACAACAACAACAAAGCACGUUAGCGUCUCCACCAUCUUCUACGUCUUCCAGCUCUGCCUCGCCUGUUUACCACGACUACCCAGUUUACAGGUGA